UCUCGUCGAAACAUUUGUGUCUCUGUCAUCGUUCGUGCAUGAAAUUUCGGUUCUUCUUUCUUACACAAAGGGUAACAACAAAUUCAACACCGUGUUGAACAAGAUAAAUUCCCAAACAAGAAUCCACAAAAAAGUGAUUAUCUUCAAUUCAAUUCAUUGCAUUCAAACAACAAGACACAAUCCACCGUUUCCUUUUCCAUUCCUUCUGCAAUCUUUCUCUCUCUAACCCUUUUCUCUCUCUUCUUUAUAACUCUUCAAAUACCAAUGACUCAAUCUCACUUCUCAUAACAAUAACAAACCCAUUUCAACAUCUCAUUCAAUUUUCUUACAAUGGAAGAUUCAAAUCCCAACAAUUCACUUCAGAAACUUCAUUGUUCUGUUAAGAAUUACGAUUGGGGUUUACCUGGUCAAUUGUCACAGGUUGCUAAGCUUUCUGAGCUUAAUUCUGGGUUUAAAUUUGAUCCAAUGAAGCCUUAUGCUGAACUUUGGAUUGGUACCCAUGAUUCUGGUCCUUCUUUUCUUGUUUCUGAUGAUGAUGGACAAAGGAUUAGUCUUAAAGAUUGGAUUUUUGAUAACCCUGAUUUGUUGCUUGGUCAUAAAGUUGUUAAGAAAUGGGGUUCUGAUCUACCUUUCUUGUUUAAGGUGCUGUCUGUAGGGAAGGCUUUGUCUAUUCAAGCUCACCCAGAUAAGGAAUUGGCUAGGAUGCUGCAUAAAUUGCAUCCUGAUGUGUAUAAAGAUGGGAAUCAUAAACCUGAGAUGGCUCUUGCAAUGACAGAUUUUGAGGCUCUUUGUGGAUUUAUCACUCUUAAGGAGCUUAAAGCUGUGAUUCAUACCGUUCCGGAAGUUGUCAACCUAGUUGGUGCUUCAAAUGCAAAUCUGGUGUUAGAAACUAGUGAUCAGAAUGAAGAGAAGGUUAAACCUGUUCUACAGGCAGUGUUCACUCAUCUUAUGUCAGCUAGUAAAGAGAUAGUGACCGAUGCAGUGAACAGAUUGAUAAAUCGACUGCAUGAGGAAAGUGAGAUGAGGCAUUUGACAGAAAAGGAGCUGUUGGUGCUGCGGUUGGAAAAUCAAUACCCAUCCGAUAUCGGUGUGAUUGCAGCUUUCUUUCUGAACCAUGUCAAACUCAAUCCUGGUGAAGCAUUGUUCCUUGGGGCGAACGAACCACAUGCUUAUCUAUCUGGGGAAUGUAUUGAAUGCAUGGCAACUUCUGACAACGUUGUGCGAGCCGGCCUAACUCCCAAGUUCAUAGAUGUGCCGACUCUUUGUUCCAUGCUCACAUACAAGCAGGGUUUUCCAGAGAUUUUGCGGGGAGUGUCUAUGAAUCCAUAUGUAAAUAAAUAUAUCCCGCCAUUUGAGGAAUUCGAGAUUGACCGUUGUAUUCUCCCAAAAGGGCAAACAGUAGUGUUCCCGGCAGUUCCAGGUCCGUCCAUCUUUUUGGUCACGGCCGGGGAAGGAUCGAUGAACACAGGAUCACCCAAAGUUUAUGAAAUCACCGAAGGUGAUGCUCUUUUCGCUCCUGCUUACACAGAGAUUAGCGUCGCAAGUGAGUCCGAGUUGCAUCUGUACAGAACAGGGAUUAAUAGCAAGUUUUUUGAAGACUCUUAAGCAUUCUAAGGUUGAAGAGUUUGUGGAGGAAAUAAAAAGGAAUUCUUGGAUUUGGUUUAUGGAAAAGAGUACUUAGGUAGCUUAGGUAGUUUUCGAGAUCUUUGGUGGGCAGAGUACUACUUGUACUUCAUCUCGAUUAGUGGGUUCAGUACCAUUUGCACUUUUUUCCAUGUUUGCGAAUAAAAUUAUAUAUUGCUGCUAAAAGAAAUAAUAAUCUUAAGUUAGCAAGUGUUUUAAUUAUUUUUAUUUUUUAUUAUUUAUUAUUUUUGUCAUAUGAGAAUAAAAUAAUAAAAUUUCUGUGUAAUACUAUGUAAUAGCAGAACUUUAGUGUAAAUGUAACUGUAAUAAGAUCACAGAGGCUGAGAGAAAAUUUCAUUGUAGAUGUAUUCCUAUUUGUAAAUUUAUUUAUAAAUAAUAUCAAUAA